CUGUUCAAAAUUAUUCUAUUGCUUCCCAUCAUGCCUGAAUCUGGCGUCAGACAAAAAAGCUCCAAACUGCUUCAGGAAGCCUUGACUGGUGGAUCUGACAUAUCUGGAGAAUCCAUUCACAAGCUUGCCGAAGAUAUCGAACAAUUUAUUUUCGAAGAACAUUCUGAUAACGAUGAACACUAUAAGGAAUCCAUCCGAUCCCACGUAUUUAACCUCAAAGACGAUAAGAAUCCGCUCCGCGAACGUGUCCUGAGUGGCGAAUUGGACCCUCGCGAAUUUGCUCACAUGGAUACGGCGGCAAUGGCUACGAACGAGCGCCGGCGCUCUGAUGAACAAAUGCGUCGUAGCUCCAUCAUCGAUUCAAUGGGAAUUGACGACUUGCAACCCCGCCAUCGUGAUCUCGACAGUGCGGAACCGAGGCACGAAUCCUAAAAACGAAUUGGCGGAGCCAAUAAGGGAACAGGUGGCUUUGUCACCAAGCAUUGAACUCUGUUAAAAAUCAAUCUGCUCUUGUAACAUAA